UAAUGGCGAGCUCUAUAUAGGGAGUGGUGGGAGUGGGAGGAGGUAUUGAAGCAUUGGAGGUUCAAAAUAAGGGAGAAGAUGUGGGGUUUGUUCGCACUUGGGUUUGUGAUCUUUGUCUUCUUGGCUGUUCUUGUGAGAAUCGUGAGAUUCGCCCUUGCUGAUGCUGAUUUAACGUUGCUCUCCAAAGGGGGACCCAAGAGAUCGGAAGUUGAAGGCAAGGUUGCUUGGAUUACAGGUGGAAGCAAGGGAAUUGGAAAGGAGCUUGCAAGACAAUUUGUAGGACUAGGAGCCAAGGUUAUAAUUUCUGCUAGAAAUUUGACAGAUUUGGGAAAUGUGAAAGCUGAAAUCCUUGGUAGAUAUCCAAAUGCUGAAGUUGAAAUUUUGCCAUUGGAUGUAAUGUCUGAUGAGGAAAUCCUUAGAGAAGCUGUUAAGAAGGCGGAAUCCUUCUUUUCUAGUGCUGGUGUUUAUUACAUGGUCCACAAUGCAGGCGAUGAUCCUCCUCCAAAACGAGCUGCAGAAAUAACAUGGGAAGAAGCCCUGACUACUAUUAAAACAAAUGUCCUUGGUACAAUAAAUCUCACUCGGCUUAUUGUUCCAUUUAUGAUUAAAAGAGGAAGAGGACAUUUCGUUGUGAUAGGCAGCACUGCAGGAAAAUGCCCUGCACCUAGUCAAAGUGUGUAUUCAGCCUCUAAAUUUGCUCUAAAUGGGUACUUCCACACUUUGCGUUCAGAGCUGAUUCAGAAAGGCAUCAAUGUCACCGUUGUUUGUCCCGGGCCAAUCGCCUCAAAGGCAGUAGCCUAUGGAAAUAAUGAUGCAGAGGAACCUAUGCCAACCGACCGAUGUGUUCAUCUAACCAUCGCCGCAGCAACUCAUAAUCUGAAGGAAGUUUGGAUUUCAAACCAGCCUGUGCUAUUAGUGAUGUACCUGACUCAAUACAUGCCGAUGCUUGGUUAUUGGUUCAUGGACAAGAUCGGCAGUAACCGUGUGGAAGCCUCGCAGGGCGACUCGAACACUUCUCUCAUGACAAUGCUCUUCGGCAAAACAGAGGAAAAAACCGGGAAAUCAGCACCUUUGCUGCAAUAGAUUUUGUGAAUGUAUUUGCAAACCCAUCUUAUGGAUUAUCUCCAUCUCAGUAUCUUUGUUUUAUACCUUGUUUUAAUAAGAAGAUGAGGAUAGUAGUCUGGCCUAUGUAUGUUGGUCUAUAAUAAAAUUUUGGUUUGAUAUUGAA